ACACUUAGACCAAUCUUUUCUGAUUUAUCUUCUCUGUUCCCCUCAAUUCCCCACUAUGCAAUUGAAGAGUCAGCUGUCAAGCCAAGUACUCUCUCAAAAUAUGGAGUGCACGGGCUUCCUACAAUCUUAAUUCUGAAUUCUACAAUGCGUGCUCAAUAUCAUGGCCACAAGACCCUUGACUCUUUAAUUAACUUCUAUGGUGGUGUAACUGGUUACAUGACACCACCAGUAGAUGUCAUAUCCCUAAACAAGGUUGGAUGUUCUCGAAACCAGCACAUUUAUAAUACUGGGAAUGAACCAGAAAGUUGCCCAUUCCCCUGGGCAAGGUCUCGUGAGAACUUUCUUCAGCAGGAGACGUACUUGAUGUUGGCAACUGUGUUUGUUCUCCUAAGAUUGCUGUAUACCCUUUUCCCGUAUAUCUGUAGGUUUGCUCAUUUUUCUUACAUGAGAUACAACAUGAGGAUCAUGGUUUGAAAUAGCGGUCCGCUACCGCUAUAGCGGCCGCUAUAUAGCGGUCACGGUAGGGGCCGCUACCGCUACGGCCCGCUAUUCGUGUGUGAUUUCCAAAUCACGGGAAAAAUCCGCUACGCCGCCCGCUACAGCCCGCUAUUGACAUUUCCGGCAGUACAUCACGAACUGUUUGAUGUGUAAAUGUGUAUAUGUUGUGAAUGAUGUGAAAAAAUACAUUAAUGGUGAUGCAUGGAGUGAAACUCAAAAUUAAAUGUUGUGUGAAUGAUGUGAAAAAAUACAUUUAUGUUUUGCGCAAUUGAAAAUAUUUUACGCCGCUGCAACCGUUACAGUCGGUUUCAACCGCGAUUGAAAAAAUACAACUUUGAUUGAGGAUAAGCUCCUUGUGGGAGCAUCCUCUGCUCUACCUGCACCGAGUAUUCCAAGUAUUUAGUUCAUUGAAGGAACCAUGCAAGCGGAGGAAUUUGCAGGAAGGAGCCUAUGAAUGCUAAGGUAUGGGCCUCAAAGUCUCUAGCUUCUGUUUCAUUUGGCGAGGCCAGCUCAAGUCGGGUUGGACCAGUGAAUUUAACUCACUGAUUAAUUUGGUGCUGGUUCUAUAACUUCUAUUUCUUUUAGAAACACCCUGCUAUUUCCCAUUGGGGUUGGUUUCAUUGCUGAGGGGAGCAACCAUUUUUUUCUACGUUUUAUUAUUUCGUUGUCCAAACAACAUACACGACUCAAUCAUUGUACUAUUGUAGAUUAGUUUUCCUUCUUGUGCCAUUAUUGAAAGAUAAUGUUAACCUAGUGUUGACCUGUUUGUAUAGAACAUUUAGCUAAUAAGCUAAAUUUUGUACUUUUAGAUAUUUGUUGAACUGUGGUGCAAGGAUGUAACUCGUUUUUCGUGUUUUUAUCUUCUUGUUGCAUCAGGCUUUAUGAUAGUCACGAAUGUGUUGCUAUUGCUUUCAAGCGAGGCUUCAUGAUAAGGCUUCAUCUUACUUAACAUAAGAGCCUUUCGCUUAACAACAAUCGUUAUUGUGCAUACUUUACAAUCAUUUACACAAAUGAUUCUGACUUGUCAAGUUAGUUGCUGAUUAAGCAUGUUUGUGAAAUAAGAGUAUCACAAACAAAAAAUGUAUCACCUCCGUCUAGGCCUGGACUCGGGCCAGGCGGCCCGCCCCGGAACCGGCCCGAACCGGUUACUGUUUGAACUGGCCCGAACCGCCGGCCCGGCCAGGGACCGGUCCAGGCUCGGGCCCCUCAAAAGGUGAACCGGCCUGGCAUGUUCAGGCCCGGUCCGGGCCAAUUUAUUUUUUUUUUCCAUUUUUUUUCUUUUUUUUUUCUUUUAAGUUUUUGGGUUGGGCUGAGUAUUUUGGGCCAUUUGAUGUGGUUUGGGGUGGUUUGGGGGUGAGAGGGGAGGGUUAAUGGUUAAUUAGG